CUGAUCUUCAUCGGCAUAUAAAUUAGAGUGUCAAAUAGAAUAUCUAAACAGCGGCUGCCGAUCGAAGCCAAAGAACAUUCUGCAGCCAAAACAAAAGCAGUGAUUUACCGAAAGUCGACACUCGAGAUUCCGACUCUCGUGGACGCAACAUCCAGCAUGGGGUCCAUAACUUGGGUAGUGUGUCUUAUAGUUAUUCAGCAAGUACUUGCACAAUGUCCCCCUCGUGUACCAGAAUACUCAAAGCCCCAGGAGAACAGACUGUGGAGAAAUACUCCCAUGUACGACCUGAUUAUCUAUGGCACAAAGCCUGGAGAGGAGCUCAUGCCAUUAAAACAAUACAAUGUUGCUGUAAGAUCUCUUAACCCAAAGAAAUCUUUCCUCAAAUUUCGACUGGUCUCCGAGUCCGAAGAUGAAGUUUGUGGUUUCGGCCAUUUCCGCCAGAAGCCGUAUGACAAGUAUCAAACUUGGGAUGAAUGUCCUUUCAUGGUUACCAACCGAGAUGAUAAUAAGAAGCCAAUGUCCAAAACAACAAUUAGAUGGACGAGCCCUGAAUGUGGAUGUGUCACAAUAAGCGCUGUAAUUAUUUCGGACGAUGAGACCAGUCACAUUGCCAAUGAUGACCAUUUGACAAAGAGAUUCUGUAUACAAGGUGUGAAGCCGGUUAACAAAACACCUAAGGAUGACAAGGAGCUGCCUGUUGUGAAAUUGCCUCCACUUUUAGUAAGAGGCGAGCCCAUAAUACCAGAAAAAUCUGUCAACCAUGUUGUACCAUCUAAAAACAAUGUUGAAAAGGAAUGGAUUGGGCUUGAAGAUGAGGAGCCAUACUAUGACAUGGAUGAAGAUGAGGACUUUGACUACAACAGUUAUGAUGAAGGACUCUCCGAAAAAGACAGUGGCAUUGAGAAAGAAGACGACCCUUACUACGAUGAUUCAUCCUAUGAUCUUUCUGCGGAAUCAGACAACAGCUUUGAUUAUACAUUGGAAGAAACGGACAAAGACAAUUUUUCUGAUGAGUCUAUUGAAAGCAGCCCUGAAGAUGAGUAUGAAUCAGAAUACCUUGAUGGUUAUGAUGGAAGUAAUGAGGACAUGAGUAUAAGUGAUGAGGAGUUCGAAUAUGAUGAUUCCCACAUGGUUGGUGUUGGUGAAGAUGCUAGCGAUGAGAGCGAAGAUAGUGAUUCAGAUGAAAGAAGCAAUGAAAUGGAGAAGGCACUUGGCAGAGGGUGGCAAUGGUGGAAAAGGGUCGGUGGGAGAUUGGGAGGCAUGUAUCCUCGCAAAGGAAGACACCACCACAAUAAACCAGGCCAUUUCCAUAGAGAAAAAAUUGCAAUGGUUGGCAAAACAGUCAAAAAGCAUUUAGACAAAGCAAAGGGUAUGAUUGAAAAGAUUGGAAAUGGAAAUGCUGGUGGAAUGUGGAGAAAUAUAGAACAGGGUAUACAGGCAGUCAAGGGCGUUUUUAAACCAGAUAUGGGACGAUUGCAACCACAUAGGGGACAUGGAAUGAGACAAAAGGUAUGGGGAAUGGGACCAGUGCGACCUGGUAUGAGACCACAAGUGCCAAAACCUAUGAUACCUGGUAUGAAACCCCGAUGGGCAGGGAAACACACAAGACCAGGCCACAGGGGGCACCAUAUGAGACCUUGGCAAGGACACAGACACCAUGAGAGAAGCAAAGACUGGAGUCAAAGAGUGGAGCACAUUUGUGCAAAGAUUAGUGAGGAAAGUAACAUGGGUACCUUUAAGCCAUGGGGAUGGAAAGCCAUGUGGCAUCGUAUUGAACAGUUCUGGGCAAAGGUAGAUGGCGAUGAAGACACAGACAUUGAAGAGAUAGCUCGGGAAAAUCUUGAGGCUAGCAAAAAGUGUUGUGCUGAGGCUGGUGAUGAACGUAUGGAUUGUUUCCAAGAUCUGAAGGAAAGGAGGGUCGACAUGAUGUGUGAGAAGGGACUACCUGCAAAUAGUGGACGAUGGAUCAAGCCAUGCCUUAAUAUUGCCAUUGAGAAAUGCUGCGACUUUAAAGGUGAAGAUCGCUAUGACUGCUUCAAUGAAACCAAACAAGAAUGGAAGGCUAAAGCACAAAAGACUAACACUGGGUGGCACAAGAAGUUCUGGGGAAAGGAGAGUUCUGAUGAGAGUGAUGAAAAGUAUUCAGGAGAAUCUGAAUCUAGUGAAGCCUCAUCCAGUGAAAGUUCAGAAGAUUCACAAACAUCCUCGUCCUCCUCAUCAUCAUCAUCUAAGUCAUCAUCAGCAAAAUCCUCAUCAGCAAUAUCAGCAUCCUCCAACGAAGAACUAGAUAGUGCCAUUGACGUUGUGAUGGAUGAAAUUGAUGAACUGGAAUUCUCUGAGGAUGAACUAACGAUAGAUGAUCUAAAAGAAGCGGAAAAUGACACAGUUGAUGAACUUGAUGAGAGUGUUGAGGUUACUGAUAGUGACAGCGAUGAGGAUGACUCUAGUGAGGAAGGGAAGAAGCCAUGGGGUAGGAGACGCAAACAUAAACACCACCCAAGACACAGAAGAAGGGGAAGAGCAAUGGUAUUGAAGCAUUACUGCUGUAGAGCAGGAUUCAUCAUAGCGAAGAAGAGCAACAGAACGGCAGUGUGCAGGAACAGAGCCAGAGAUUUUGUCAUGAAGUUCAGAAGGUUAACAGGAAUGGCCAAGAGAAUUUGUUUCGUAUCAUUCAAUAAAUGCUGCAGCAAAAUUUCAACACCAAAACCAACAAUAACAACAGUCAAACCAACUACCACAACAACUGCAAUGUACACGACUACCACAGAGGCAGAAGAUUUGGAAGAAGUUGCCAAUGAAAUCUCUGAAAUAGAGUUCUCCAGAGGUGAGAUCAGUGAUGAUGAUAUAGAGCAGGCAGAAAGGGAGACUGUUGCUGAGCUGGAAGCUGAUGAUGACAUAGAUGAUGAACAGGAAGAGAAGAUGCAGAAAGACAAAGGACGACCAAUGAUGCGCAAACAUAAGAGGAAACACCAUCGUAGACGUAGAGGAAAAAAUAUACCUCUGCUGAAGAGAAAAUGCUGUAGAGCGGGACGCAUGCAGGCCAGAAAGGAGAAGACCCAUGAGACAGCUGUCUGCAAGAGUGAUGCAUUUGGCUUCUUGAAGAGACUUAAGAGAGUUGGACCAUUCGCAAAGAAGAUUUGUUUCUUCAGCUUCAAAAAAUGUUGUAGUUAUGAACCUAGGACCACAACAACUACGGCACCUACCACCCCUAAGCCUACAGCUACAACCACAGAUGACUACUCAUAUGAGGACAUGUUUGACAUGGACGACCUGAGUGAAGAGAAUUAUUAAGAAUAUACCUGAUGAUCAAACCAAUCUGAGAUGCAGUAUAACCAGUGUAAGUGGAACACCCCUGGGACCUCUAAAUAGUGUUCCACUUUACAG